AUGGACGUCAUGUUGGCCGACGGCGCGGAAUACACAGCCCGCAUGCACACCGCGUUCACCCCACCCGACAUCGAUCUACUCGUCCUGCGGCGGGCGAUCCCCAAUGAGGCAUUCCGUCGAAGCACGAGUCGCGCACUUGUGGGCAUCGCGCCAGUGUUUCUUGCUUCAGGGCUAUUCAUUUUACUCGGCUGGAAUAUCGACACUCAGGUCUCUCGACUCGCCCUCCCUGGUAUCUGGCGGGACUUACUGAAAUGGUUGCUCUGGCUGGUGUAUUGGAACGGCCAGGGCAUCGCGUGGGCUGGCCUAUGGUCCGUAGGUCAUGAAGCCGACCACGAUAAUAUCUCGCCUCUGAAGUGGGUGAACCACGGGAUAGGGCUCGUCUGCCACUCCCUCAUCUUCACGCCCUACUUCUCGUGGCGGCUGACGCACAUCCGUCACCACAAGACCUCUGGAAACAUCGAUACGGAGGAGGUGUACGUACCGCACCUCCGGUCCGCGUACAGGUUACCGCCACCGGGGAAGGCGACGAAGAGGGACUACCAGGAGGCAUUCGAGGAGUCCCCGAUCUUCCAGCUCUGUCGCUUGUGCGGCAUGCAGCUCCUUGGCCUGCAUACCUACUUGACAUGGAACACUAUGGGGUCGAAGCGCUAUCCAAAGGGCGCGAACCACUGGAACCCGUACUCCGGCCUGUUCACCCAGGACGAGUAUGCCGCGGUGCACGUGUCGAACGUGGCCAUCGCGGCCAUGUUCACGUCACUGUACGUUCUCGCCCGCUGCACCUCAUGGACCUUCAUUGUGAAGAUCUACCUCAUACCGUUCCUACUCACAAACCACUGGGUGAUGGCUAUGACCUUCCUGCAACAUUCGUGCCCUACAGUGCCAUUUUAUCGGAGCCGCGCCUGGAGCCGCACCCGCGGCGCGCUAUCCACCAUUGACCGACCGUUCCUAGGGUGGGUCGGUAAGUACAUCUUCCUGGGCGUCAACCACCACCACACCACGCACCAUCUUUUCGCAAUGAUCCCGUUCUACAACCUCCCGAUGGCGCACAACGCGAUCCGGCCGCUUCUCGGCGACGCAUACAACUACGACUCGACGCCGGUGUUGCGCGCGCUGUGGCGCUCGUUCGUGCACUGCCUUUUCGUUGAGGACGAGGGCGAUGUCGUGUUCUACAAGGAUGCCACCGGAUCCGCGAGGAGGGCUGUCAUGGCGGUGACGCCUCCCUCUGGCAAGGAGCAUGACGAGUUGGUGGACGAAGUGCAGAUUGAGGCGGACGCGGUCAGUCUUGGUUAG